CCGAUGCCGAUCGAACUGGUGCAGGCGAUCAUGCCAGUACUGGUCAGGUCGAUGUUGCGCACGCGGCAAGGGCUGGCGGCGCUGGAGUCGGUGGUCUUCAACAUCGCGCACCUGCAGGCGGACCACGAAGUGUGCCAGGCGAUGCGGCUGACGGGCAGGUACUUUGUGCAGGAGGCGCAGCGCCUCCGCCUCCAGCAUCGCCAAGAGAUUCAGAAUGGAGUGAGGGUCGUGGAGCUAGACAAGCUCGGUGUACCACGUCCUCACUUAUGGCUCACAUUAGUCGGGGCAUUGCAGCAGCAAGGAGAUCGAGUGGGCGCGCAGACGGCAGCGAUAAUCAAGACCUACAUGGACACAGUGAAGGCCGACCAGAGCAUGACCAACGAGACGCUGGACUCUCACUGCAGGUUCUGCAAGAUAGGCUUCACGCACGAUCGGGCGACGAUGAAGAUCUUCCUGGAAGCCAGCGGGUCAGGGAUCCAAGUGGAAGUACUCGCGGGCCUCGUCCAGAUCGGGGCGAGCAUCAAGAGAGGGACGCCUCCGCGGUCCCACCAGGAGAGGCUGAUGCAGUUGGCGCUGGAUGGAAUGGAGAACCUCAGCUAG